GGCAGCACAGCCUGGUGCCUCAGUGUCGGUGCUGCUGGGCAGACCCAGGAAGCGGCAACAGCAAAGAUCAUGAAAUCGAGCUCUGAGACCCGACUCUGAAUCCCAGACAGCGCACACACUAACUUCCGACCUGGGACUUAUUGUUUCCAAAUGGCCUUUCCCUUUUAUCAUCUCCUCCUUUUUGUUGGCCUCUGGGCUCCCAUCUACUGUGAGCCCCCAUGCAGCACCCCUAGCAGAGGCUCUCCAUACCCUCCCUCUACCAAGAGCAGCCACGGCUCCCGGGCGUCUUCCAGCAGCAACGACUUCGCCUUCCGCCUGUACCGGAGACUGGUUCUGCAGCACCCGAGUCAGAACAUCUUCUUCUCCCCUGUGAGCAUCUCUACCUCCCUGGCCAUGUUGUCCCUAGGGGCCCACUCAGCCACCAAGGCUCAGAUCCUCAGGACCCUGGGCUUCAACCUCACAGCCACACCAGAAUCUGCAAUCCACCAUGGUUUCCAGCAGCUGGUCCAUACACUCAGAGUCCCCAACAAAGAACUGGACUUGAGAAUGGGCAGCUCCCUCUUUGUCAGAAAAGGACUACAGCUACAGGCAAGUUUCUUAGACAGAGCCAAGAGGCUGUAUGAGUCGAAGGUCUUUUCUGUCGAUUUCUCCAACACCUUCACUGUCCAGAGGAUCAACAGCUAUGUGGAGAAGGAGACCAAAGGGAAGGUGAUGAAUUUAAUUCAAGACCUCGACCCCCUGACAGUCAUGGUCCUGGUGAACCACAUUUUCUUUAAAGGCAAGUGGAUGAAGCCCUUUAACCCCGCAGAUACUCACAAAAGCUACCCAUUUCGGGUGAACAAGCAGACCACUGUGCACAUCCCCAUGAUGCAACAGAUGGAAAAGUUUGCUUUCGGAGUGGAUCCAAAGCUGAACUGCUCUGUGCUGCAGAUGGACUACAAGGGAGAAGCCAUGGCCCUCUUUGUCCUUCCCGGGGAGGGCAAGAUGAGGCAGCUGGAACAGGAGUUGUCAACCAGGACUCUGAGAAGGUGGAUCCGCUCCCUCCAGAAGAGGCAGAUCGAGGUCUUCAUCCCCAAAUUUUCCAUUUCUGCCUCCUAUGACCUGGAAACCGUCCUUCCAAAGAUGGGCAUCUGUGAUGCCUUUGGCAAAAAUGCUGAUUUUUCUGGGAUUACAAAGACAGGCUUUCUGCAAGUUUCCAAAGCUACUCACAAGGCUGUGCUGGACAUCGGUGAGGAGGGGACGGAGGCUGUAGCAGCCACUGCCACCAAGCUCAUAGUCCGGUCCAAGGAUAAGCCAUUUUCUCCUGCCUUACACUUCGACAAGCCCUUCCUGAUGAUGCUCCUGGAUAAAGGCACAAAGUCUACUCUCUUCAUUGGGAAAGUUGAGAAUCCCACUAAAGCCUAGGUGGGACCUGACCUGUUGACUGAUUAUACGCUAAUAAAGAUGCACAGGGAAUAACCAGCAGCACUGCCUGCACUCCCAGGGUGAUGCUGAGGUCUAUCUCCUCCUGGUUUAAGGGUCCACCUCACCCCAGAAAAGCUGUUUUUGUGGUGGGGAUGCAUUUUCCAAGGCAAAGCAUCAGACUGACAACAGAGGCCCCGGGCCUGAGCCCAAGCCCAGGAACCCGGGCAGUGGCCCUUUCCAUCAGCUCUCCACCAGCUUUGGAGGAGUGUGGCUGGGCUGACUAGCUCCAUUCCUCAGAGCCCCGGAAGGAUGCUGUUCAGACCAGGAGCCUCUAUUGCAGAACUACAGUAGCACAGUCAGAAACCGCAAAUGUGACUUUAGCCACAACAGGGCUCCCUGGUACCUGCAGGGUCCUGAUCUGAUUGAUGCCACCCUAGAACAUUCAGCAGCUGUGUGAAUUCAUUCUUCGUCUGUUAAACAACAACGUACUAAGCAUUUACUGUUUGUUAGGAGAGAAUCAGAUGAAUGAGGUCCCCGGAUUGUUGGACCUUAAUGGAGAAGACGGGUCACCCGAGAAUAACAGAAUGAAAGCCACACAUGAUGGGAUCUCAGCAGAUUCGAGUCGUGGCUUGAACAUAUCUCACAGGAUGUGAGGAGGGGUCACGAGAGGGCAGGGCAGUGUUGUGUGAGCACAGAGGCAGUGAGCCAGGACCAAGCGGAGGUGUCAGAGGGGGUAGAGGGAAGAUCCUUUGCCUGGAGCAUCCUGUGUCACACACACAAUGGCAGAAGCUAGGACACAGAGUAUAAGGAGGUAGAAUCAUGUGGGGAGGGUGUAGUGGCCAACAAAAGUGGUCUGGGCUGGGGCGGGGGGAGCAGAAGGCCAGCUGGACUCCUCGGGCAGGAAAAUGACAAGGGCCUGAGGAAGGGCUGUGCCAGUCUUCUUGUGCUGGCUGCCUUCCUGACACUGUCACACCUGCACACAGCCCUCUGGGGGCUCAGCUCCUCCCUGCUGGCUUGCAGUAACAACAGUCUGGCUCCCUUUUGUGUGUCCUGAGAGCCACAGUCAGUGCCGUAGGUUAUGGUGGGUGAUCCCUAGGCAGAGAGGCAGCUUAUGCUCUUUGAGUCAUCUUCACCAUUCCUCCUGACCCCUCUGCUAGGUGGCCAUAUCACCUCUCACUGGAGGGUGGGUACCCAGGCACCCAAAGGCCCAGAAAUGCCUUUCCCAGGGGUGCCGAUGUGCCCCCCCAGUGUGCCAUCUGCAGUGCUUUCACAUGGAAAGGACUAGAGCGCAAGGGGUCAUGCUGGGGAGCUGGCAGAAACUUCAGAGGAGCCGAGUCCACAAACACACACACACACACACACACACACACACACACACACACACCUAACUCUGGUCCAUAAAGAGCCCAUCAGGGACCCCAAGUCAGAAAACUGGUCCAGGCUGUGGGAUGGCUGGGGCAGGAUUAGAAGCAGGAGCAGAGCCCAGAAUGGGAGGCUGCAGCCCCAACUGAGCUUCCUCCCUGAGGGUCACGGUGGAGGAAGAGCCAUCCUCCCUCUUGGGAGCACAGUGGGCCACACAAGGCUCCAUGCUCAGUGGAACAAAGGAAAUAAUGGGCAUGAAGAACUGGCUGGGGACACCUGGGUUGUUCAGAGUGGAUCCUUUGUAGUAACACCCGGAAUCCCCGGGGUUGGAGAGGCCACCACCUCCCCCAACCUUCUUACAGGUGACAUCACAGCUGCAGGCAGGUGCUACUCUUUCGGCCAUGCGUCAGUCAGCAGGUGCAGACUGGUUCCCUUGCGGGGGAGGCUCUGUUUGCUGUUUUUUGAGAUGCUUCUUUUGAUCUGUUUUCAAAUGUAGCUCAUCUUCAUUUUGAAAUCUGUUGUAAUUGAGUGCAUUAGGAUGUCAGCCAGAGUCAAAUGCUUUUGGAGAAACAUUUGUCCCUUGGAUUACCCAAGAGGAGGAAGUAGAUCACCCCACACAGGGCCCCUUGGGAGCCCCAGGUUGUUCAGGAGGAAGAGGGCCAGGGGUAGGUGUGGGCAUGAGCCUCUGGGACCUUAAGCGGUGGGAGGGAAGGAGUGGGAUCGCCCCCUACAGGGUGGAGAGCGAAACUGAGCUUGGGGCUUGUGGUUUGAGGGAUUAUAAAAAGGCUCUCUUCACUUUGUUAAUUUCUUUUGCUGUGUAAAG